AUGCACAAUAUUAAUGAUGGCUGUUUUUUUCACGAGCGUAUGACGAAAGAUAAAGACUGGCUAAAGUAUAGCAGCGCCCUAAGUCUGGCUCGGUACGCUACCAUUCCUUUAUAUACAGAAGACACACCGAACAAGCUCGAGUUUUGCAAAACUCAGGGAAUAAAUUGGGCACCAACAAGAUCAGAAAUGCAUACAAAGGGGAAGUUCUAG